AUGGGUAACAGCACCGCAACUACCGAGAGCGAGCGUGCCGCCUACCUCAGAGAUGCCGAGGAGAAAGCUGCACAGCUCUUCAUCGAAAUUGAGCGUGACCUUGUCCGACCUGGCAUCAGCGAAAAAACUUUGAACAGCGAGAUUUAUCAUUUAGGGUUCGAUCGUUAUGGCAUCAAAACGCAUUGGCAUAAACGGGAGGACGACAUUCUUGUAGUCGACUUGGGUCCCGUUUUCGAAGCAUGGGAGGCAGAUUUCGGCCGUACAUAUGUACUGGGCGGUGACCCGCACAAGAAACGUCUUCGAGAUGCGCUGCAGCCCAUCUGGGAUAUUGUGAAGGCCCAGUUUGAUGCAAACCCCAACAUGUCGGGCGAGGAACUAUAUGAUAUUGCUUGCGGAGAGGCUCAAAAGAAUGGCUUUGAUUUUGGGGCAGAUAUUGCAGGCCAUUUGGUUGGGUCGUUCCCCCACGAGCGCAUUCCGAAAGAUCGGACUACUCUAUACAUCACAAAGGGGAAUACUGAGUCGAUGAACCAGACAGGCAAGGAUGGGUUUAAGAGACAUUGGAUUCUGGAGAUUCAUCUGCGGGAUACUGCCCGGGGGUUUGGUGGAUUUACUGAGCAGCUGCUGACUGUUAAUUGA